CUCAAAAGUUGAGAGGGAUGCAUGCAUGGAUUUGAAUUCAAGCUAUCAAUUUCACAACAUCACAACAAGCUAGACAGCCCUCUCAGGCUGUGUUUUAGAAUUAGACAAAUUGACCAUUCAUUAGAAUUGCCAUAGUUUAUAACACAAGUUAUAUUUACUCGUAUUUUGUUCACACUGUCAGCUUUGUGUUUGCACAACUUUAAAGCUAGGGAGCUUGCCAGAAUUAGGGUGAUCUCUCCACGAAAUGAAAGCGGGCGGUAAGUAUCUAUCGGACUCAAUUAGCUAGCGUGUGAAUGUGUUAUCUAUCUAGCUAAACAUUUAAACGUUUUAGUCAGAAACCUGUUUCAGCUUAUACAAUUUAGGUUAGAGAACUUGCACUGUGUAAGAGUGAAUAACAUGAACAGUUUAUAGCUACAGUAGCUAACUGACUUGGUAACGUUAGCUGCUAACUAGCCUGCUAGCUAGCUAUCUAUUCUGGUUUGCUAAUGUAAUGAUGGCUGGUUAGCUAGCUAGCUACUACUGGUACCCAGCUUGGUGCCAGUACUAGAGCCAGUCGUUAAUUCAGUGGCUAACGUUAUAAAUGUGCCUUAUUUGAAAAUAGAGCAUUCGUAACAUUUAUAUCAUAGUUAACUACGUUGUAAAGUCAAUACCUUUGUGUGGUUUUGAAAGCGACGCAAAUAGAUAAUUCAUGUUUUUGGAUUUGACUGAAAUAAGAAGCUUUACAGUUGCUUGUAAGUGAACGUAGGUUUGAGGAGGGAAAUUUGGGCGCUGAGUUAAACUGAGCUCAAACAUUAGGCAGAACUCGGCCAGCUAACUUAAUUAGUCAAAAUAGAUUCCAUUGGUUAUAACUACCGAUAUAUCAUGCAAUUAUUAAUUAUAUCUAACUGGGUCACUUUUGCCUGUUUUGAUUUAGUUUGAGCCAGCAAGCUGUAGCAACCGUUAACUGACAUUCAGGUUGGAAUUACUGUUUCUGGUGCAGCACAUAGAUGAGAACUGUAAACAAAUACUAUUGAAUAAACAGUGUCUGAAACAUUGUCAGUAGUAAACGGUGUCCCACAGUUAGGAUGAAGACUAAAUGUAUGGGGGCACUGUGAGUAAGAGUCAGUUUAGUUGGAGAGUCAGUUGAGUAGGAAAGAGGGACGUUUUUUGCAUUUGAUGGUUAUCUGUAUCUAAAAUGGCAAGAGUGAUUAAAUUUUUUAUUUCUCCCUCUUUUUCCUUUCUUCUUUAGUGCUACACUGUCGUUGUUCCAAAUGCUUCACGGUUCCAGCACGGAAGCGGAUCCGUAAGCGUGUUCCAGGCCUGACACUGCUGUCUCUACCCGAAGAGGUGCUUCUGUGUGUGCUCCAAUGCCUCUCUGCUGAGGACCUGUUGGCUGUCAGAGCUGUAAGUCACACAAACACACAGUCUUGUUUAACUAACGUUGUGGCGACAUACAAUUCAGGCCCAUUCAAAAUCCCAUUUUCCCUAACAUUAACCUGAAAACCAAAUGUUUGUUUGUUUUUAAUAUUCUUGUGGUGACUUCUGGUCCCCACAAGUAUAGUUAAACACGUCCACAUACACACACCUAAAACACACGCCUAAAACACACUCACACUCCUAAAACACUCACACACACACUCAAACAAUUGAACAGCCUCUGGAGUACACAUAUCAUUUGAGCGAGUCUCUUCUGAACAUCUUGUCACCACCUGAAUUGGUGAGUCACAAUGUGUGUCAGUCUCCUCUUAUAUACACCUCCUUUAGCAUGUAUAAGGAAUGUUAUGUUUACUCAGUUAUUGAAAGGAAGAAGAACAUGCAUAGAGGAUUGCCAUGUUGGAGGCUAACUGAGGCAUUUGGUUGUUAUCUCCCAGGUACACUCUCAGCUCUGUGACAUCAUUGAUAACCACUCCAGUGUUUGGGCCCGGGUCAGUUUCAGGGAUACCUGGCCAUCCCCCAACACAGUCUGGCUCUUUGAGAGGUAGGAUAGACUCCUCCCACACCCCAACCAUGCCCUCAACUCUGUACAUCUUCCAAUAUGUUAGUUUCACAUCAGGGAGACUGAAGGUCUGCAUACCCUAAUACGUUUCUCGAAUUCUGUCUCCUCUUUCAGGGCCGCAGAGAAGGGAAACUUUGAGGCAGCUGUGAAACUAGGGAUUGCAUAUUUGUACAAUGAAGGACGUAAGUCUCACUGCACUUGUCUUCCAUUGUUUCUCACUGAAUUGGUUAUGAGGUUGAUCACUGAUUGACAUUGACCAAAUCACUUAAUAAAUUCCUGUAUAAUAAUCACCCUCUUCUCUGUCCCAGCGUUGCUGAGUGACGAAGGGCGGGCCGACGUGUGCGGCCGGAAGGCAUCCCAGUUCUUCAGCCUGGCGGAGAGCCUGCGUUCCCCUACCGCCGACCCCUUCAUCUGGGUGUUCAUCCGUCCGCCCUGGUCCCCCACUGGGAGCUGCUGCAAGGCUGUGGUGUUCGAUAGGCUCAAGGCCGAGUGUGAAACCAAUGUGGUAAGUGGUUACCAGGCUAGGCCUGGUUGAGCUUGGCUGGAGGAGAUGGGCAGCCAUAGACACAGCCAACCUCAGCAACCAUCACUGUCAUCUCCCUUGGUUCCUAUUGGAUAAAAGUUUAGUCUAAUAUCCUGGAUACAAAUUAGAGGGCUGUUUUACCCAUAGAAAUACAGUGGGGAGAACAAGUAUUUGAUACACUGCCGAUUUUGCAGGUUUUCCUACUUACAAAGCAUGUAGAGGUCUGUAAUUUUAAUCAUAGGUACACUUCAACUGUGAGAGACGGAAUCUAAAACAAAAAUCCAGAAAAUCACAUUGUAUAAUUUUUAAGUAAUUAAUUUGCAUUUUAUUGCAUGACAUACGUAUUUGAUCACCUACCAACCAGUAAGAAUUCCAGCUCUCACAGACCUGUUAGUUUUUCUUUAAGAAGCCCUCCUGUUCUCCACUCAUUACCUGUAUUAACUGCACCUGUUUGAACUCGUUACCUGUAUAAAAGACACCUGUCCACACACUCAAUCAAACAGACUCCAACCUCUCCACAAUGGCCAAGACCAGAGAGCUGUGUAAGGACAUCAGGGAUAAAAUUGUAGACCUGCACAAGGCUGGGAUGGGCUACAGGACAAUAGGCAAGCAGCUUGGUGAGAAGGCAACAACUGUUGGCGCAAUAAUUAGAAAAUGGAAGAAGUUCAAGAUGACGGUCAAUCACCCUCGGUCUGGGGCUCCAUGCAAGAUCUCACCACGUGGGGCAUCAAUGAUCAUGAGGAAGGUGAGGGAUCAGCCCAGAACUACACGGCAGGACCUGGUCAAUGACCUGAAGAGAGCUGGGACCACAGUCUCAAAGAGAACCAUUAGUAACACACUACGCCGUCAUGGAUUAAAAUCCUGCAGCGCACACAAGGUCCCCCUGCUCAAGCCAGCGCAUGUCUAGGCCCGUCUGAAGUUUGCCAAUGACCAUCUGGAUGAUUCAGAGGAGGAAUGGGAGAAGGUCAUGUGGUCUGAGACAAAAAUAGAGCUUUUUGGUCUAAACUCCACUCGCGGUGUUUGGAGGAAGAAGAAGGAUGAGUACAACCCCAAGAAAACCAUCCCAACCGUGAAGCAUGGAGGUGGAAACAUCAUUCUUUGGGAAUGCUUUUCUGCAAAGGGGACAGGACGACUGCACCGUAUUGAGGGGAGGAUGGAUGGGGCCAUGUAUCGCGAGAUCUUGGCCAACAACCUCCUUCCCUCAGUAAGAGCAUUGAAGAUGGGUCGUGGCUGGGUCUUCCCGCAUGACAACGACCCGAAAGAAGCAUCUCAAGGUCCUGGAGUGGCCUAGCCAGUCUCCAGACCUUAACUCAAUAGAACAUCUUUGGAGGGAGCUGAAAGUCCGUAUUGCCCAGCGACAGCCCCGAAACCUGAAGGAUCUGGAGGUCUGUAUGGAGGAGUGGGCCAAAAUCCCUGCUGCAGUGUGUGCAAACCUGGUCAAGACCUACAGGAAACGUAUGAUCUCUGUAAUUGCAAAAAAAGGUUUCUGUACCAAAUAUUAAGUUCUGCUUUUCUGAUGUAUCAAAUACUUAUGUCAUGCAAUAAAAUGCAAAUUAAUUACUUAAAAAUCAUACAAUGUGAUUUUCUGGAUUUUUGUUUUAGAUUCUGUCUCACAGUUGAAGUGUACCUAUGAUAAAAAUUACAGACCUCUACAUGCUUUGUAAGUAGGAAAACCUGCAAAAUCGGCAGUGUAUCAAAUACUUGUUCUCCCCACUGUAUAUAAUGAGGAAUGUUGAUUCUGUUUCUAUGGUUGUACCUUCCUGGUUCAUUCACUCAGAACUGUCCAUCGUCUAUCUAUCCAUUAUCAACACUGAUUAAGAUGUGUAAAGCUGGCAGGUAGCCUAGCAUUUAAGAGCGUUGUGCCAGUAACCGAAAGGUCGCUGUAUCGAAUCCCUGAGCCGACUAGGUGAAUGUGCCCUUGAGCAAGGCACUUAACCCUAAUUGCUUCUGUAAGUCGCUCUGGGUAAGAGCGUCUGCUAAAUUACUUAAAUGUAUGCAUCUAAUACUGCAUGGGAAGAAAGGCGAGAUGGAUUGGGGAAACAUGUUGCCAAAAAUAGUCUGCCGAAGGCCUACUAGACCUUGGUAGUGAAGACAAAUGGGGAGAGACUGUAAUGCUGCUUUGUGCAACGGUGUGUCUCGCCCCCCAUUUAUUUAUGACCAACAGGCACCGCCAGAAAUGUCCAUCCCUUAUAGCCUGUUUUUGCCUGUCCUCUCUUGUUGUGCCCUGCAUGUAUCACCUAUGUUUUGUCCAGCGAUUUUGUAAAUAGAUGGGCAUGUCUUCUUUGCUCAUUGGAAUGAAUGGACUUUAAUGAAAACUCCAGUGUUUCUAUAAAAAUAGUGAAAUGUUUUGUAGACGAUAUGGUUGCGCUCUAACAAUGAUUUUAUUAGGCAACAUUUUCACAUUUUGCCGUUGUAAUUUUUUAUAGGAGAGGAGGGGACCGUUGCUGCACUGUCUGGCCAGAGUCCUCCAGCUUUUUGAUGUAAGUGCACACACACACCUCUGCGAUUCUUUCCAGAAAGGCACAGGUGUUGCAGUGUGGUGAUUUUUUUUUGUAGUAACAGCUGUCUUCCAUUUCUAUGGUAACCAAACCACCACACAGUUCCAGUUAGUUUCUGAUGAGGCUGUGAAGGCACCGUCACACUAUAGGCAGCCCUGCUAGUCAUCAGCCCAGAUGGGAUAAAUGUUGUUUUAUACGUACACACAUUCACACUCACAAAAUAUAUAUUAAUUAUUAUUAUGAUGGGCUGGUCUUGACUAACAUACUGCAUACUCAGAACCCUGUGUUACAUAUCCAGUAGGCCUUGUGCUGGAUAGAGAGGAGUAUUUAAUAUGCUGUGUGAAACAUCCAAUAUUGAAAACAUGGUUUAAUGUGUGUGUGUUUCAGGAGGAUGACAAGCGCUCCGAGGCCCUGACAUUACUAGAAGAGUCGUCUCAGUCGGGCUGUCUACAGAGCUCUUACCUGCUGUGGGAACAUAACCGUAAAACCGCAGUGAGUUUCACUCCUCUCUGGUUGUCCCCAUCUCAAAAGGCUUUGUUUAUGUUACAAUGUAUGUUGUGUAGCUAAAGGUUGUAAAAUGUGAUGGGAAACCCAUGUGUUGUGUUGAUGUAAGUGUCGGGUAAGUAAAAAAACGACCUCAUAACUUACUGUGGUUCUGUGCUGUCUCUUCUCAGAUGGCGGACCCAGGCAGGUACCUCCAGUUCAUACGCACGCUCAGGGACUACGCAGCCAAAGGAUGCUGGGAGGCACAGGUGUGUGUCUAUUUGGCUUCGUUUACACAGACAGGCCAAUUCUGAUAAAUUCUGAUCUUUAAUAAAAAAAGAUCUGAUUGGUCAAAAGAACAAUUAGUGGAAAAAGGUCAGAAUUGGUCUGUCUGUGUAAACGCAGCCUUGGUGUGUGUUUACGGAGAGAGAGACUCCUCUAUAUCCAAUGGCAUAGACAUGAUAAUGUAUCCAUUGACUGUAACAGGCAGUCCAAAUCUACACACAAACAAAAUCUAUGGUUUUGUUUAUUCUCCCAACCAAUUAAAGUGGAUGAGUCAUUGAGGCUGUUACUGAGCACAGGUGAUGUUUAAUUACAUUUGCCCUCCUGUCCAGCUUGCUUGGCAAGCCUGGCAUGACUUUUGACCUGUGCCCUUUGACCCUCUCUAUCUCUCUGUGUGUAUGUGUGCGUCCAGCUGUCCCUGGCCAAGGUGUGCAGCAGUGACAACCCGCUGGGUCUGGAGCAGAGGGCCUGUGCCGACCUUGUGGCCCAGCUGUUUCGCUCCUGUCCCCCCGUGCCCCGACGCAGGGCAGAGGAGGUGCUCCGACAGGGCAUCAAUGACACUAUGAGGUAACAUACCGGUUUGGUCUGGAACUGACGCUGAAGAUCACUUGACUCUGUACCAAUUGAGUUGUUUUAUCAAUUUUGGUUAAGGGCGAAGAUUCUUAGUCUGAGGUGGCUUUCAAAAUUCUAAGCACUCUUUCUCAUGCAAUUUACUACCAUAACCACACAUUUUUCUAGGUACGUAACAGUAUGAGUCUCUCUCUCCCGUCCCUCUCCUCUCCCCUCUCUAGGUACAUAACAGUAGGAAUCUCUCUCUCCCACCCCUCUCCUCUCCACUCUCUAGGUACAGUGCCUUGCAAAAGUAUUCAUCCCCUUGGCAUUUUUCCUAUUUUGUUGCAUUACCACCUGUAAUUUAAAUAUAUUUUUAUUUGGAUUUCAUGUAAUGGAGAUGCACAACAUAGUCCCAAUUGGUGAAGUGAAAAAAAUAAAACUUGUUUCAAAUAAUUCAAAAAAAUACAUAACGGAAAAGUGGUGUGUGCAUAUGUAUUCACCCCCUUUGCUAUGAAGCCCCUAAAUAAGAUCUGGUGCAACCAAUUACCUUCAGAAGUCACAUAAUUAGAUUGCACACAGGUGGACUUUAUUUAACUAAGUGUCACAUGAUCUGUCACAUGAUCUCAGUGUAUAUAUACACCUGUUCUGAAAGGCCCCAGAGUCUGCAACACCACUAAGCAAGGGGCACCACCAAGCAAGCGGCACAUUGAAGACCAAGGAGCUCUCCAAACAGGUCAGGGACAAAGUUGUGGAGAAGUACAGGGUUGUGUUAUAAUUAUUUUUAUCCGAAACUUUGAACAUCCCACGGAGCACCAUUAUUAAAAAUGGAAAGAAUAUUGCACCACAACAAACCUGCCAAGAGAGGGCCGCCCACCAAAACUCACGGCCCAGGCAAGGGAGGGUAUUAAUCAGAGGCAACAAAGAGACCAAAGAUAACCCUGAAGGAGCUGCAAAGCUCCACAGCGGAGAUUGGCGUAUCUGUCCAUAGGACCACUUUAAGCCGUACACUCCACAGAGCUGGGCUUUACGGAAGAGUGGCCUGAAAAAGCCAUUGCUUAAAGAAAAAAUAAGUAAACACAUUUGGUGUUCGCCAAAAGGCAUGUGGGAGACUCCCCAAACAUAUGGAAGAAGGUACUCUGGUCAGAUGAGACAAAAAUUGAUCUUUUUGACCAUCAAGGAAAACGCUAUGUCUGGCGCAAAUGCAACUCCUCUCAUCACCCCGGGAACACCAUCCCCACAGUGAAGCAUGGUGGUGGCAGCAUCAUGCUGUGGGGAUGUUUUUCAUCGGCAGGGACUGGGAAACUGGUCAGAAUUGAAGGAAUGAUGGAUGGCACUAAAUACAGGGAAGUUCUUGAGGGAAACCUGUUUCAGUCUUCCAGAGAUUUGAGACUGGGACGGAGGUUCACCUUCCAGCAGGACAAUGACCCUAAGCAUACUUCUAAAGCAACACUUGAGUGGUUUAAGGGGAAACAUUGAAAUAUCUUGGAAUGGCCUAGUCAAAGCCCAGACCUCAAUCCAAUUGAGAAUCUGUGGUAUGACUUAAAGAUUGCUGUACACAAGCGGAACCCAUCCAACUUGAAGGAGCUGGAGCAGUUUUGCCUUGAAGAAUGGGCAAAAAUCCCAGUGGCUAAUUGCUGCAAAAGGUGGCUCUACAAAGUAUUGCUUUUUUUUUUUGGGGGGGGGGGGGUGAAUAGUUAUGCACGUUUUCUUUUUUUUCUUUUUUCUUGUUUGUUUCACAAUCAAAAAAAUAUUUUGCAUCUUCAGUGGUAGGCAUGUUGUGUAAAUCAAAUUAUACAAACCCCCCCCAAAAAAAUUCAAUUGUAAUUCCAGUUUGUAAUGCAACAAAAUAGGAAAAAUGCCAUGGGGGGUGAAUACUUUAGCAAGCCACUGUACAUAAGUGUUCCCCCCCCCCCCCCCUCUUCUCUAGGUACAUAACAGUAUUCAUCUCUCUCUCUCCCAUCAACCUCUCUAGAUACAUCCUGGUGGACUGGCUGGUGGAGGUAACCACCAUGAAGGACUUCUCCAGCCUGACCCUCCACGUGACGGUGAGCUGCGUGGACCGCUACCUGGCCCUGCGCUCUGUACCCAAGGCCCGCCUGCAGCUGCUGGGCAUCGCCUGCAUGGUCGUCUGCACGCGGUACGAGACAGAAAAACGCUGUAUGUGGAUGUAGCAUGAUUAUGGUUGCAACAUUCUUGUAAUUUUCCCAGAAUUCACAGGUUUUCCAGAAAUCCUGGUUGGAGAAUUCUGGUUUUCCUGCUUAUUCCUUCCUGAUUUUGGGAAAGUAACUGGAAUUGUGCAACCCUAAGCAUGAUACAAACUGGUCUGUAUUUGAUCCUCUAUGUAAUCUGCCCCGAUGAUGUACUUCUGUAUUCACUUGAUCAGCUUUGGCUAAAGGCUCGAGCUGAAGUGCAAUAAAAAAUCUUUCUGAGGGGUUUUCAAUAUUCAGAGUUCUAUUUAUUGGACUAGUUCAGGUAGUUCCUCCGUGUUUGUCUGUUUUCUUCAGUUUGGUGCCUAAUGAAUACGACCCACGUCUCUCUCUAGGUACAUCAGUAAGGACAUCCUGACCAUCCGGGAGGCGGUGUGGCUCACAGACAACACCUACAAGUAUGAGGACCUUGUCCGCAUGAUGGGGGAGGUCAUCUCUGUGCUGAAGGGCAAGAUCAGGGUGAGUGGAGUGGACACGCACCACACAUACAGCCACACACACGUAGUCUAUACUCCUCUUCUGUAAACAUUUUAUAAUCUGCCCCAAUGAUGGCUUCUGUAUUCGUUUCAUCAGCUUGGGCUAAAGGCCUCUGUUGAGGGGUUUUCAAAAUUCACAACAGUCUUGGCUGUUGAAGUCUUGUUGUAGUCCUGUCUAGUCAUUGUAUUUCUAUGGGUUUAACUCAUUUGGUGUUGUGCCUCUGCAGACUCCCACCCUGCUGGACUACGGCCAGGUGCUGCUGUCUCUGUUACCCCUAGAGAGGCUCAGUAUCCACAUGUUCAGCUACUUGUGUGAGCUCACCCUGCUCUACUCAGCCCUCACUACAUACUCCUCAGCCCACCUGGCCAACGCCACCCUGCUGCUCACACGGGCACUGCACCACUACGGUAAGGCGGGUGAACACGCGGUCUACGGCUGUGUCCCAAAUGGCACAUAGGGCACUAUAUAGUGAAUGGGGUGCCAUUUGGGACACGGCCCGUUUGUCUUCUACACACUGUCUGUUUGUCUACAAACUGAUAUGUAAUCUGCCCCGAUGAUGUACUUCUGUAUUCACUUGAGCUGAAGUGCAACAAAAAAAUCUUUCUGGGGACGUCUUCAAAAUUGAGAGUUAUCUACAGUGAGGGAAAAAAGUAUUUGAUCCCCUGCUGAUUUUGUACGUUUGCCCACUGACAAAGAAAUGAUCAGUCUGUAAUUUUAAUGGUAGGUUUAAUUGAACAGUGAGAGACAGAAUAACAACAAAAAAAUCCAGAAAAACGCAUGUCAAAAAUGUUAUAAAUUGAUUUGCAUUUUAAUGAGGGAAAUAAGUAUUUGACCCCCUCUCAAACAGAAAGAUUUCUGGCUCCCAGGUGUCUUUUAUACAGGUAACGAGCUGAGAUUUGGAGCCCACUCUUAAAGGGAGUGCUCCUAAUCUCAGUUUGUUACCUGUAUAAAAGACACCUGUCCACAGAAGCAAUCAAUCAAUCAGAUUCCAAACUCUCCACCAUGGCCAAGACCAAAGAGCUCUCCAAGGAUGUCAGGGACAAGAUUGUAGACCUACACAAGGCUGGAAUGGGCUACAAGACCAUCGCCAAGCAGCUUGGUGACAAGGUGACAACAGUUGUUGUGAUUAUUAGCAAAUGGAAGAAACACAAAAGAACUGUCAAUCUCCCUCGGCCUGGGGCUCUAUGCAAGAUCUCACCUCGUGGAGUUGCAAUGAUCAUGAGGUCUGUGAGGAAUCAGCCCAGAACUACACGGGAGGAUCUUGUCAAUGACCUCAAGGCAGCUGGGACCAAUGUCACCAAGAAAACAAUUGGUAACACACUACGCCGUGAAGGACUGAAAUCCUGCAGCGCCCGCAAGGUCCCCCUGCUCAAGAAAGCACAUAUACAGGCCCUUCUGAAGUUUGCCAAUGAACAUCUGAAUGAUUCAGAGGAGAACUGGGUGAAAGUGUUGUGGUCAGAUGAGACCAAAAUCGAGCUCUUUGGCAUCAACUCAACUUGCCGUGUUUGGAGGAGGAGGAAUGCUGCCUAUGACCCCAAGAACACCAUCCCCACCGUCAAACAUGGAGGUGGAAACAUGCUUUGGGGGUGUUUUUCUGCUAAGGGGACAGGACAACUUCACCGCAUCAAAGGGACGAUGGACGGAGCCAUGUACCGUCAAAUCUUGGGUGAGAACUUCCUUCCCUCAGCCAGGGCAUUGAAAAUGGGUCGUGGAUGGGUAUUCCAGCAUGACAAUGACCCAAAACACACGGCCAAGGCAACAAAGGAGUGGCUCAAGAAGAAGCACAUUAAGGUCCUGGAGUGGCCUAGCCAGUCUCCAGACCUUAAUCCCAUAGAAAAUCUGUGGAGGGAGCUGAAGGUUCGAGUUGCCAAACGUCAGCCUUGAAACCAUAAUGACUUGGAGAAGAUCUGCAAAGAGGAGUGGGACAAAAUCCCUCCUGAGAUGUGUGCAAACCUGGUGGCCAACUACAAGAAACGUCUGACCUCUGUGAUUGCCAAUAAGGGUUUUGCCACCAAGUACUAAAUCAUGUUUUGCAGUGGGGUCAAAUACUUACUUAUUUCCCUCAUUAAAAUGCAAAUCAAUUUAUAACAUUUUUGACAUGCAUUUUUCUGGAUUUUUGUUGUUAUUCUGUCUCUCACUGUUCAAAUAAACCUACCAUUAAAAUUAUAGACUAAUCAUGUCUUUGUCAGUGGGCAAAUGUACAUAAUCAGCAGGGGAUCAAAUCCUUUUUUCCCUCACUGUAAGUGCUGUAUCCCCAGUCCCAAGGGAGUUGCUGAACAACCAUACAUGACACACACACUGUUGACCUAGGUUUUCAAACACCCCUAGAGCAGUGGUAUUCAAAUAUUUUCAGCAGGGACUCCGUUUAUUUCCCACCAGAAGUUCUGGGGACCCAUUUUUUCCCAAAAGAAUUUCUCGCAACCCACAUUUUUAUGACGACCCCACUGCAGUUCCCCGCGACCUGACUUUGAAUACCACUGCCUUAGAGUCUAGCUGUAGUUCAUCAGCUUCUCAUUAAGACUUCUGAGGCAUUAUUUUAUUAUUUGCUGAACAGUUGGACGUCAUAUCAGUAUUAAUGCUCUAGUGUAGUUUAUCCUUGACCCCUGCUCUAGUGUAUGUCCUUGACCCCUGCUCUAGUUUAUAUCCUUGACCCCUGCUCUAGUUUAUGUCCUUGACCCCUGCUCUAGUUUAUGUCCUUGACCCCUGCUCUAGUUUAUGUCCUUGACCCCUGCUCUAGUUUAUGUCCUUGACCCCUGCUCUAGUUUAUGUCCUUGACCCCUGCUCUAGUUUAUGUCCUUGACCCCUGCUCUAGUUUAUGUCCUUGACCCCUGCUCUAGUUUAUGUCCUUGACCCCUGCUCUAGUUUAUAUCCUUGACCCCUGCUCUUUUCCUUGACCCCUGCUCUAGUUUAUGUCCUUGACCCCUGCUCUAGUUUAUGUCCUUGACCCCUGCUCUAGUUUAUUUCCUUGACCCCUGCUCUAGUUUAUAUCCUUGACCCCGGCUCUAGUUUAUAUCCUUGACCCCUGCUCUAGUUUGUCCUUGACCCCUGCUCUAGUUUAUGUCCUUGACCCCUGCUCUUCCCCUCCUCUCUCUGCAUUGCAGCUCCCAUCUGGCCCAUCCAGCUGGCUGAGUAUACAGGCUUCUCCAAGCAGGACCUGGUCCCCUGCGCUGUACUACUCUAUGUCAAGUGGUAAGUUAUACUACAUACCACGGAGAUCACUAUUACAGGUUAUAAAACAGUUAUAUAUGGAAUUCAAUGUUAUAUACAUACUAGAUACACUGGCUAAUGUUAGUCUGGGUCAGAGUCCAGAAAGUCUACUACCUCUAGUAUAUCUUUGUCCCCCUCUCUCUUGUACUGUUCUUUCUCCAACAUUUAUUCCUUCUCUAUUUCUCUCCCUUGUAAAUCCAAUGUCUGACAAGCAAGGGGUGCUCGCUGGCUUGACUCUGUUCUGAUGAGUGUUACCUAGGUGAUAGAGUAACAUGGGAGGGGGGGGGGGGGGUGUAUAGGAGUGCUAGCUGUGAAAGCAAAACACACAACCCUCACCCCACUGCUACAAAUACACAGUAAAAGUUGAUUGGCUAGAGAGAUUUGACCUUAGGUCUUCAAGCUGAUAGUUCCACGAUGUUAGCAAUUACAUAGAGAAAAGAAAGUCCUCCAUACUGCAACUGCCAGUAUGGCUUGUUUUAUUAAGUUUACACAUCGUCCAGCCUUAGUCUGAGAUCUUUUGUGACCAUUCAUUGUUGACUACAACUGAAACCCAGCUGUUUCUAUUGAAGCUUGUCUGGUGGUUGUGGUAGUAAACAACCUUGUUAGCAUGCAAGGCUAGCUGUGGUGAGUAUCAAUAGCCCCUCUUCCUGGAGAUCCCCAUUGUUCCUCAGCAGGCCCAUCCUGCUAGCAAUUAGUAUUCUAGCAAUUAGCAUUUCCCCCCUUUUUCGGGUUGUUACUAGUUAACACAGCCACAAAGCCAUAAACCCUGCCUAUUUCAGAUUUUAAGAAGAUACACUUAACCUUAACCCACACUGCUAACCUUGUGCCCAAUCCUAACCGUAAAUGAUUUUUUGCGAUGUAGCUAAUUUUUGACUUUGUGGCUGUGUUAUCUAGUGGCAACUCUUUUUCGGGGAAGCAGCAAUGGGGGAAUAACUAAGACGGAGGGUUAGUUGUGCUAAUUCACUAGGCGAUAAUUAACGCUGUCAGCUAACUGCUAACCCUCCACAGACUCUCCUGGAGGUUCCCUUUGACAGCUCAUCACCUGCUGCUCUGGGUUUGAUUAGCCGGGCCUGUUGGAUAGGAGGAUCAGGCAGAUGGGAAUGCAACAGGCGUUUAGCUCCUAUUGAGUAAUUAGCCAAUUAGAGCAAAUCAUUAGCUUGAUUUUUUUUUUUUAAUACUUAACUUGGAGUCUUCAUUAGGGGAAAAAGGCAACGUUAACGUACAUGCAGCUGUGUUCUUUAGAACGUGUUUGUGCAAAGACAACUUGAUAUAACUUACUGAGAUGUUUUUUUCGUUCCUCGGUUCAUUUUCCACACACGGUAGUCAAUGUGAAGUGCUAUUUAAAUGACUGCUACAGUAGAUUUCAUUAUUACCAUCUGAAGUGCUCUUUGGGCACCAUUACUGUGGGACCCCCUGCAGGUCAGAAAGGUAGCAGUUCUGAUGAAUGCCUUGCUUCUUUUCAAUACGAGUGUGAUUUCCAGCAGGCGAGGAAUGCCAAUCUCUAUAGUGAUUUUAUUUGAAGAGGUGAAAGGUGGUGUUUUGGUCCUCUUAGCCCUUUGAUCAGACUGGGUUUGUUCUCGGUGUGUGCUUGUGUGUGGCAGGUUGUUAAGACUGCCCACUCACAACCUCCCCCCACCUCCCUCUCCUUCAUGGCACCGGCUGGAGGGCUGUCCGUUGCCGUCUCAUUAUAAAGCCAGUAAAAUACACCGACCGCUGUUUGUCGUUCACCGCACACGUACAGAGGCCAGCUCUUAACGUUCUGCGUUUUCCCUCCUGCAGUUCUUUGAGCACUCGUUGUAUUUCCACAGCCACUGUUGAAAAUCACAUGAAGUCACAUACUUAUAAAGACAAAUGAACCAAGUGGUGUGGCGAUGUCUUGGACUGUUGCUAGCCAGCGCUGCAGACAGACAAAUUGGACAAUGGUAUUGAUUAGAAGAUCAGGUUGGUUGUUUGUGGCUGUGUCCUAAAUGGCCUCCUAUUCUCUAGUGCACAUGUUUUCCAACGUAGUGCAAUGUGUAGGGAGUGGGAUGCAGACUGUUUAUCUGCUCGUGUUAAUCACGAUGUAGAUCAUCAUUAGCGAAGGGCCACAGUGACCAGGAUGCAGAGAGCCGUAGGGGUGGGGUGUUGGGAGGGAGCUGCACCUAGGGUUUGUGUGUGGCAGGGAGGGAGGGGGUGUGUGUGUGCGGGAUGGUUAGGUGUAAGGGUGGAUGUGCAUAUGGGAGGCUGCUGGGACUUUGGGUGUGUGUGUGUGGGGGGGGGGGGGGGGGGGGGGUGGGUGAUGACUCAUCCUGCACCAUACUUGUGUGAGUCAGACUAGUGAGAGGCACUGCACUUUAUCGACAACGUCCAAUUUUCAAACAGAAGGUAAUAUCAUAUACAGUGAGGGGGAAAAGUAUUGAUCCCUGCUGAUUUUGUACGUUGCCCACUGACAAAGACAUGAUCAGUCAUAAUUUUUAUGGUAGGUUAUUUGAACAGUGAGAGACAGAAUACAACAAAAUAUCCAGAAAAAUGCAUGUCAAAAUGUUAUAGAUUGAUUUGCAUUUAAUGGGGAAAUAGUAUUUGACCCCUCUGCAAACAUGACUUAGUAUCUGUGGCAAACCUUGUUGGCAAUCACAGAGGUCAGACGUUUCUUGUAGUGGCCACCAGGUUUGCACACACUCAGAGGGAUUUUGUCCACUCCUCUUUGCGAUCUUCUCCGUCAUUAAGGUUUUGAGGCUGAUUUGGCAACUUGACCUUCACUCCCUCCACAGAGUUUCUAUGAGAUUAGUCUAGAGACUGGCUAGUCCCUCCAGACCUUAAUGUGCUUCUUCUUGAUCCACUUGUUGCCUGGCUUGUUUGGCCUUGUCUCUGGAUACCCAUCCCGUUUUCAAUGCCUGGCUAGGGAAGAGGUCUCUUGACUGGCCCGUCCAUCGUCCCUUGAUGCGGACCUCCCUUACAUAAAACCCCCAAACAUAAUGUUUCCACCUCCUGUUUACUUUUCACCACUAACGCGCUCUGAUAAGAGCGUCGCUAGACGUAAUGUAAAUGGUCAUUGGAGAACAUAUGACGGAUGUUAACCACGCUCCUCUUGUUCUUCCUCCCUCUUCUUUCUCACUUCUUUCAACCUCCUUUUCUCUCUUUUUCUUCACCUCUCUCUUUCUCCUCUUGCUCUCUUUCACCUCUCUCUUUCUCCUCUUGCUCUCUUUCACCUCUCUCUCUCUCGCUCUCUUUCCUCUCUCUUCCUCUCCUCUCUCUGUCGCUUUCAGUAGGAUUUCCUUCACUCUCUCUUUCUACCUCACUUCUCUCGUCUCUGACAGCUUCAGUAAGGAUGUACCCAAAGACUACAGGCACAUGUCUCUGACAGGUGUCAAGCAGAGGUUUGAGGAUGAGGCCUACCAACACAUCAGCAAAGAAAAGGUGAGCUUGUCAUCUCCUCCUGACAUGGACUGUUGCUCUUUUCAAACUAGUAUGUCGACCCAAAGUGCACUGUGCUGGGCUGCUGGCCCGGAUAUUCUCCUUUUGGCUGUAGCGGUGUUGUGCUCAUUAGGACACCGUCGCAAAACUAGGGCUGGGAAUUGCAAUAGGAUAUUAUUACGAUACUUUGGUGCUGAUACGAUAUGUAUUGCGAUUCUCACGAUUCUUUAUGUAUUGCGGUUCGAUACUGUUGUUUUGUUGCGAUUUGAUGUUCCUAACAUAUAUUGGUCGCUAUAUGUCUGCUACAGAGAGAAUGAGUUUUGAUUAGCCAGGGAAAUAAAAGUGCUAAAAAAGAAAUAGAUGGGAGUGUCGUUACCUAAGUGUGUGUGUGAUAUAUAUGUAUUUAUACACAUACACUACAUACAUACAUACACUACAUUAACGUUCAAAAGUUUGGGGUCACUUAGAAAUGUCAUUUUUUUCGAAAGAAAAGCUAUUUUUUUGUCUAUUAAAAUAACAUCAAAUUGAUCAGAAAUACAGUGUAGACAUUGUUAAUGUUGUGAAUGGCUAUUGUAGCUGGAAACGGCAGAUUUUUAAUGGAAUAUCUACAUAGGCCCAUUAUCAGCAACCAUCAGUCCUGUGUUCCAAUGGCACGUUGUGUUUGCUAAUCCAAGUUUAUCAUUUUAAAAGGCUAAUUGAUCAUUAGAAAACCCUUUUGCAAUUAUGAUUUAAAGAAGCAAUACAAUUUGAUCCUGUAAUCGAACCCACAAUUUCUGAUGCUCCAGAUACUCAACUAGUCUCAAGAAGGCCAGCUGUAUUGCUUCUUUAAUCAGCACAACAGUUUUCAGCUGUGCUAACAUAAUUGCAAAAAGGUUUUCUAAUGAUCAAUUAGCCUUUUAAAAUGAUAAACUUGGAUUAGCAAACACAACGUGCCAUUGGAACACAGGACUGAUGGUUGCUGAUAAUGGGCCUAUGUAGAUAUUCCAUAAAAAAUCUGCCGUUUCCAGCUACAAUAGCCAGUUACAACAUUAACAAUGUCUACACUGUAUUUCUGAUUAAUUUGAUGUUAUUUUAAUGGACAACAAAAAAUUGCUUUUCUUUCGAAAACAAGGACAUUUCUAAGUGACCCCAAACUUUUGAACGGUAGUGUGUGUGUGUGUGUGUGUGUGUGUGUCUGUAUAUAUAAUUAUUUUUACAAAUCGGUAUUUGGAGUCCAAGUAUCAAUAUAAUGUUGUCCAACAAUGUCUUAUUGGACAAGUUCAGAUAGUACCUCUCUGUUUUAAGAGCUUUAUCUUCCAUUUCGUGCCAACUGAACACUACCCUAACCAGUGCGUUUCUGUACCUGUGUUCUCUCACGCUCUCUCCCAGGUGAUUGACUUCAAGGAGCUGUGUCAGAUCCUGGAGGUGCCGGAGGUGGAGCCCCACAUGGUGCUCCCCAGCCCCACGGGCCAGCCAGCAGACAUCCACACCUUCCUCUCCUCCCCCUCUAGCAACAGCAAGAGGUGAGUUACUGCCGUUAAGCCACACAAAUGUGAGAUCGGAUUCAUACGGAAAGAGCACAGUGGCUCACUCAACCUAACCUAAAUCGACCCCACUACCCCUCACCUAGACACUUGUGUAGGUUGGCACUCGGAAGGGAUUGGAUAGGUGUCAGCAAUAUAUUGAUUAGCUCCACCUUGUUCUCUUAUAGACCAGGUAGGAUUUUCCUCUGUCCAAUCAUUGCCAAGUGUCUAGGCAGAUGGUAAAGGCUAAGGGUUCCUUUGUGAUUGAGCAACAAUGACCACUCUCACAUAGUCUUUUAUGGUGGCUGUCCAGCGCUGGUCUCAUCCAAAAAAGUGCUUUCAUACCCAAAUUGUUUGUUUAUGCUGUACCGAGUAAUUGCCAUCUGUCCACUAGAUGACCACAAUGGAAAUAAAUAUUAAACUUUUGUGUCACCCUUGAUGACUUUAUUCAUGAAGGUUUUUAAAAAUUGUUAAUAAACUAAACUAAGAAGACUCAAUAGCUAGGUUUCCAUCAAAUUGGUGACAGAUUUUCAUGCAAAUAUUAAAAAAUCUGCUUAAAGAAAAUUAUUUUUUUUCCCCUCACAAUUUGUUUCCACCAAACGGACUGCGUGAUGACGUAGUGCACACAAUGUACUUUUUCGCUUACCUUUUCAUGUACCGAAUAAAAAUCUAAAAUUCAAUGCGUUUGUCACGUUUUCAACUCUACUGAUAGUUUUGUCACAAACUGUUAACCUCUUAAGGAUCGGACCCUUUAUUUCAAUUUCUGCCUAAAAUGACAUACCCAAAUCUAACUGCCUGUAGCAAGGAUAUGCGUAUUCUUGAUACCAUUUGAAAGGAAACACUUUGAAGUUUGUGGAAAUGUGAAAUUAAUGUAGGAGAAUAUAACACAUUAGAUCUGGUAAAAGAUAAUACAAACAAAAAAACAUGCGUUUUCUAUUUAUUUUGGUUCCAUCUUUGAAAUGCAAGAGAAAGGCCACAAUAUAAUAUUGCAGUUUAGGCACAAUUUAGAUUUUGGCCACUAGAUGGCAGCAGUUUGUGUGCGAAGUUUCAGAUUGAUCCAGUGAAGCAUUGCAAUACUGGACUAUUUUGUAUUAAGUCUGCCCAAGUGUGCCGAAUUGGGCAAUUGAUACAUUUUCAAGUACAUAACUAUAGAGAACAUACUAAAAUUAUAUGGUAAUACAAAAUGUAAGUGUACACACUCCCAGGAAUGUCAUAUAUGAUGGAUCAUUAGCUUAUACACUAACUUUCACACAUCUAGAUGGCCGGGCGGGGUGGGUGUUGAGCCAGAGAGAGCAGGGUUCAAACUGUAGAACCCAGUUCCUACAUUUGAAUAUAAAGAUGGAUUUUAUCAAACAAAACUAUGCUACAUUUUAUCUCUGGGACCCUUAGGAUGACAAAUCAGAGCAAUAUUACUGAAUGUAAGUAGAUUAUUUACCUUCAGAGGUGAAUGUAUCAAACCAGUUACCGUGAUACGUUUUUUGUUAUUGUGCACUCUCCUCAAACAAUAGCAUGGUAUUUUUUCACUGUAAUAGCUACUGUAAAUUGGACAGUGUAGUUAGAUUAAUAAGAAUUUAAGCUUUAGAGGUUAAAUAGAAAAUAUGCCUACUCUGGUCUUGGCACGUGCGCUCUAGCCAACAGCCUGCAGUGCGGGUAGGCUAGUCUACAUGAUGAGAUUAUUAUAGAGAAGAGCGAGAAUAUUUUUAUUUGUCAAGCAUCGAUCGUCAUGUCAAUAGAAUAAGACCCUCAAUAUUUAUUGGAAAGGAGCAUCAAGCUCAUCAUCGUGCACUUUCCCCACCCUGUGACGUUCAUCAUAACAUUCUUCUGUAGCCUAAUAAACUGCAUGGUUUCCCAAGUCGUAAUGAGAGGACCACACACCAUAUCGCGUGACUCCAAGUUUACUUCGAUAUGAUGGGUAUUAUAUCAAUAUUUGCGCAUAAAGGUGUUUCCGCCGCCAUUUCUUUCAUAAUUAAUUUUACCAUCACAAGAAGAUCCCACCGUGUCAAAAGAACAAAUUAUCUGUCGGCAUUUAUCAAAUUGUAACGAAACUUCCUGUUUCCAUCACAGCUGUUGUGGUUACUGACUCACUGCAAUCUGCUGUGUUUCUCUCCCCCAGGAGACGGGAGGAGUCCUUGCCUGUGUACCGAGGCAGCUUUGUGGCCACACCCACGGCUGAGCUGUCCACUCAGGAAGAGACCCUGUUGGGGGACAUGCUGGACUGGAGCCUGGACACCUCCUGCUCCGGAUACGAGGGGGACCAGGAGAGCGAAGGAGAGAAGGAGGCCAAGGAGGGAGAGAGUGAGUGGAGGGAAUCAACUACAUGAGUUCUGAUCAUUUAUGAUCACCUCUAUACCAGGGGUGUAUUCACUAGGAACCAAACGGGCAAAAAUGGGCAGGGACCUACCUGAAAUGUGUCCAAUAAGAAACGCCUGUUUUCCAUUGCAAAACUUGCACUAAUGAAUACACCCCAGGCCUAUCUAUAGAUGGGGGGUUAAUGGAAGACGAGUGUGUCAUGCUGGCCAUUCCAACUGGUUUACUAGAUGUAGUGACAUCACUAUGUACUGGAAAACUUAGUCAGACAUGAUUGUCCUGAUGUGGGGUACAGACCAGACUGCUCAGAGGCAGACACACAUGCAAAACGCAGCAUCAUAUGAUGCAAAAUGCAUCGUACAGGCUGUAUUUCUGUAUUUUGAAAGUGUAUUGCUGACAUGCACAACAUUUUGUGACUAUAUCAACAAUGGACUAAUGAAACAAAUACCUAGAGUUUUUGUGUGGAGUUUUCUUUUAAGGCAUCCAUAAUUGAUAGUGAUGGGGGGGGGGGGUGCGGGGGGGAGAAUCGAUAGUUGCAUAUCGCAAUAUUUUUGGACGAUUAUUAUAUAGAUAUUUGACUCCCACGUAUUGAUUUGUAAAAAUAAAUAGAAAAUAAAUCUACUGUAGCUAGCGCUAGUCGGCUGUACUGGCGCCAAAUCUCCGGUAUUUGUCGUCCUAUAGCUUGUUCUCAAUCUUUUUAAAUAGAGACAUAUUUUCAGCACUUUUAUUUCCGUGACUGAUCAAAACUCGUUUUCUUAUGUUCUCUUGUCUCUCUGCAGCAGACAGUGAGCAAUAUGUUGGGAACAUCAAAUCGUAAUAUAAUUGCAGUAUCAAAUCUCAAUACGUUGAGAAUCGUAAUACAUAUAGAAUCGUGUAUCGUGAGGUCCUUGGCAAUUCACAGCCCUAAUAAUUGACAUGGGUUGGAUUUUUGUUCACAGUAAGUCAAUACACUCACUAUGAUAUGCCGCCAAGCUAACGGUCUCUUCUUCUGUGCAGCCUCCGUUCUGGCCAUGACACUGGAGCUAGCAACAGAGCCCGAGGACUCCAAACUGCACUGCAGAGCCCUCUCCAGCGACGAUGACAGUUUCUGUGAGGGGGACAAAGAGGAAGGGGAGGGGAGCGCCAUGAGCCGACCGCAAGAGCCCCUCUCCUCCUUCAUCACAACCGACCUCCACAGCUCGGGCUACUCCUCUGUCCAGAGUGUCAGUCCUUGCUCCAACUCCUCUUCCCUCCUGAUGCCCUGCACCUUCACGGCGGUGCCCCCCACGCCAGACUCUGCCUCCAGCGCCACGGUGGCUCUGCCCGGGUUCCGCCUCCUGGUGCCGGUGCAAAGACCCCGGGCUGCAGCGGCUGCAGCUCGCAGACAGGUGAAGAGGAAGAACGCAGCAGCGCACAGCGGAGGAGAGAUGGAGAGGGAAGGGGAGGAUGAAGAUGAAGAGGUGGUAUAUGCCUCAAGUGUAGGUUUCCUAAGCCUAUAAGAACUGACUUAACUGACAGUUGAAUGGAUCCUGAUGUUUUUCUACCACCUUGCCUUAACUUCACCCUCUUUUGCCAUGGUCGUGUUCAUUAGGCACCAAA